AGCAUCUGCGCUGUCUGCUCGCAGUGUUCAGUCUUCUUUUGCGGAGGCAGUAUUUUCUUUAUUCGGGUUUGGCGUGAACAUGCAUAUCACAUAUUGAGGGCUAUCUGUGGCCCGCAGUAACAUGUGUUCAGCUGAAGCAGAAGGGAUCAUCCCUUGACGUUCAAGACACAUGUAGACCCCCCUGCUGGAGUGUUCAUUGGAAAAGAUGAUUCAUGCUCUGGCAUGUAUCCUUCCUUCAAGGAUGUCCGUUAGCAGCUGUGUGAAGACAACCAUCCAAGAAAAAAGAGGUGGCGUGAUGCCAUUUUUAUGAGGACCUAUCGUUAGAGGGGUGUCCGUGUGCCAGGCAGAUGGAAAUGAAAGAAUUAUUGCACUCGCACCACAACCACCGCCACCACCACGAGCAAAAACUUUUGGACCCAGGCCACUACUCAUAUUCAUGUGACCGGCGGCAAAUAAGACAUCUCGUCUUCUCUUCAACUACCACCACCAGCACCACGAGCGAGGCAGUUUCGUUGCCAUGAAUUCCUUGAAGAAGGGUUACGCGGUCUUCAGCCGUGUUGCUGCCGAUGAUGAAGAUGAUGAUGAUGAGCCUCAUCAGCGGCAACAAGCAGCAGGUGCUGCCGUGAGUGAGGAGAACAUUUCCGAUGUUUUGGACUCGUCCAUCAAUGAGAUGGACGAGGAGGCUGGUGGUGCUGGUGCUGGACCUGCAGUCGCCGAGUCUUUCAGUAUCAUGCGCACCAAGGACAUGAGCAAGCGAGUCAUCAUCAACGUCGGUGGUGUGAAGCAUGAAGUGUUGUGGCGCACGUUGGAACGCUUGCCACACACGCGGCUUGGUCGGCUGUGGGAAUGCAACAGCCACGAGGCUAUCAUGGAGCUGUGUGAUGAUUACUCAUUAAUGGACAACGAAUUCUUUUUCGACCGACACCCGCGAUCCUUUUCAUCCAUCCUCAACUUUUAUCGGUCCGGCAAGUUGCACAUUGUGGAAGAGAUGUGCGUGCUUGCAUUCAGCGAUGACUUGGAGUUUUGGGGCAUUGACGAGCUGUACAUAGAGUCCUGUUGCCAGCACAAGUAUCAUCAGCGGAAAGAGCAUUUGCACGAGGAGAUGAGGAAAGAGAUGGAAUCCUUGCGUCAGCGAGAUGAAGAGGAGUUUGGCGAAGGAAAGUGUGCUCACUAUCAAAAAUUUCUUUGGGACCUCCUUGAAAAGCCCACCACCUCUCUCGCAGCCCGCGUUGUGGCUGUGGUAUCUAUCCUGUUCAUUGUUUUGGCUACAAUCGCCCUGGUGCUCAACACGAUCCCCAACCUGCAAGAAGUGGGCCCCAACGGAGAGCCGAGAGACAAUGCGUAUUUGGGACGAGUGGAGGCUGUGUGCAUUGCCUGGUUCACCAUGGAGUACAUCCUCCGAUUCGCCUGUGCGCCCAACAAGUGGCAGUUCUUCAAAGGUGCCCUCAACGUCAUCGAUCUCCUCGCCAUUCUGCCCUACUACGUUACGCUUUUCAUCGAGACAAACAACCAAAACGACUCAUUUCAGGUACAGUACAUUACUAUAUACUGA